ACACACACGCAAAGAAGACAAACACACAGAAGACACAAAGAAGACACACACACGCACACACACACACAGAAGACACACCUAGGCAAAGAUUCCCCGUAUAGCCUGAACCGGACUCUUGGGGCGAGCGCAAAGACACAAAGAUCUCAACUCGCCAUGACGCUGGGUCGAGGCGAGAGGAUGAUCGACUGCAGCCCGGACCUGGACACGGAUGACAUCGACGUGGUGGGAGGUCCGAGCGGCGACGGCGACUCGGACAACCACGCCGGCAGCAACAACAGCAGCAACAGCAGCAGCAACGUGGACAACAGCAAUAACAACAACAGCAACGUGGACAACAUCAGCAACAACAGCGAGGGCCCUUACCGAGACGACGAGUAUGGCGCCGCCGCCGUCGUCAUCGGAGCAGAAAGGUUCAGCGCUUCGUUCCGCGGGCAGACACCUACCGGGCAGACACCUACCGGGCAGACAGCCACCGGGCAGACACCUACCGGGCAGGUCGCUCCCUGCCAGACCAUCGUGACGGCACCCGCGAGGCCAUCGUCGCCCGGCUACACAUCAUCAUCAUCAUCCUCCUCUUCGUCAUCUUCCUCCUCCUCGUCGUCGUCAUCUUCGUCGGCUCGCGCCAUCAACGUCCGACGUGUCACGUUUGGCGGCGUCCCGUGCGUCGGCAGCGACGGUGGCGAUGCGAGCAACAGCCCCGAGGACAGCGGCAGCAGCAGCAGCUGUGACGAUGUCGCAGAUGGUGGUGGUAGCGGUGCUGGUGCUGGUGGUGCUGGUUGUGGUGGCGGCGGCGGUGUUGUUGUUGUCACAACCGGUGUCGAUGUUGGGGCCGACGACGGCGCUAGCGGCGACGUCGGCGACGAUUCACGACGCUGCGUCGGCUCCCGGCAGAGCGUCGUGAAGCCUCCCUACUCGUACAUCGCCCUCAUCACCAUGGCCAUCCUGCAGAGCCCACAGAAGCGAUUCACGCUCAGCGAGAUCUGCGACUUCAUCAGCGCCCGCUUCCCCUACUACCGACUCAAGUUCCCCGCGUGGCAGAACUCGAUCCGGCACAAUUUGUCGCUCAACGACUGCUUCGUGAAGGUGCCCAGGGAACCCGGCAACCCUGGCAAGGGCAACUACUGGACUCUGGAUCCCGACUCGGCCGACAUGUUCGACAACGGCUCCUUCUUGCGCCGACGGAAGCGCUUCAAGCGGAUGAGCGCCAACGACUACGAGUCUGCAGCUCACUUCGCCAUCUCUGGCCUGGGUUUCCUGCCUCAUCAUCAUCAUCAGCAGCAGCAGCAUCAUCAUCAUCAGCCGCACCAUUACAGCUACUGCGCGAGCUCGCUGGGCGGUGGUCUGACUUCACCGUUACGAGCGAGGAAUCACCACCACCAGCACCACCACCAUCAGCCGCAGCAGCAGCAUCAUCAUCAUCAUCACGGCCACCGUCAUGAGCAGCAGCAGCAGCAAGGAGGGAUGUUAACCGCACCACCACCGCCACCGCCGCUAUUACAACAUCAACCUCCUCCACCUUACCCCACACUGGCCUUGCCUCUCAUGCCACCGCUGGCGUCUCGCGUGACUACUCGGAGCUCCCCCGAGCGAGGGGACGCGGGGACCCCGCGCGCUCCCUCGUCAGCCCCCACGCCUCCCUCGUCAGCCCCCACGCCUCCGUCGUCAGCCCCCACGCCUCCGUCGUCAGCCCCGGCGGCGACCUUCAAAGUCCGGCGGGCGCUGUCGGGCAGUAGCGCCGACGACAAGGAAGCCGACAGAGGUGUGGUCGGGGCGACCAACGGGAAUAGUCGUGGUGUCCACCCGACCGCCAAGCCAUCAUUCACCAUCGACAGCAUCAUUGGCAAGGAAUCGGACGCCAAGAUGGGACGUGUCCCGGAGCGCACUCGUCUGAGGACACCCCAUGGGUUUCGGGGCUGCAUUGAGAAGAGACUCGUUUGGUACAAGCCGAGUUGAGAUCCGAGGAGCCACAACGACCACCAUCAUCAUCAUCAGUCGCCACACCUGAGGUCUACUCCUGAACGGGGUCUCUCUCUCUCUGUCUGGGUCAGUCAGCUGCCGCGUCUCGCCGAGGCGAGGUCUCACACACCCGGGGUUUGAGUUGCCUGUCAACAUCAUCAUCACCACCGCCACCACCACCAGAACCCCUCCUGUGAGGCCGAUAAAAUUGGUAACAGCUUCGUGCGUGCGCAGACGGCAGUGCUCGUCCUACGGAGAGGCUGCACCCCCCCCCCCUUCCAACCUCCUUCCCCCGUCAUGGGAAUGUGGAAUUUCCAGCACUGGCUGAGGACCCGCAUACGGAGAUGUAGUAACGCACAGUUAGUUCUUUGGCGGCUCGAGUGUUGUUUGGGGACUCUUGAGAGAUCAUUAUUGUAUGUCGUCUCGACCAAAACAUCAGCAGCAACAUCAGCAGCAGCACGUUGUAUAGACGACGAGGUUACCUUGCACGUGCUAUAGACGAGGUUACCUUGCACGUGCUAUAGACGAGGUUACCUUGCACGUGCUAUAGACGAGGUUACCUUGCACGUGCUAUAGACGAGGUUACCUUGCACGUGCUAUAGACGACGAAGUUAUCUUGCACGUGCUAUAGACGACGAGGUUACCUUGCACGUGCUAUAGACGAGGUUAACUUGCACGUGCUAUAGACGACGAGGUUACCUUGCACGUGCUAUAGACGACGAGGUUACCUUGCACGUGCUAUAGACGAGGUUACCUUGCACGUGCUAUAGACGACGAGGUUACCUUGCACGUGCUAUAGACGAUGAGGUUACCUUGCACGUGCUAUAGACGAGGUUAACUUGCACGUGCUAUAGACGACGAGGUUACCUUGCACGUGCUAUAGACGAGGUUAACUUGCACGUGCUAUAGACGACGAGGUUACCUUGCACGUGCUAUAGACGACGAGGUUACCUUGCACGUGCUAUAGACGAGGUUACCUUGCACGUGCUAUAGACGACGAGGUUACCUUGCACGUGCUAUAGACGAUGAGGUUACCUUGCACUUGCUAUAGACGAGGUUACCUUGCACGUGCUAUAGACGACGAGGUUACCUUGCACGUGCUAUAGACGAGGUUACCUUGCACGUGCUAUAGACGACGAGGUUACCUUGCACGUGCUAUAGACGAUGAGGUUAACUUGCACGUGCUAUAGACGAGGUUACCUUGCACGUGCUAUAGACGAGGUUACCUUGCACGUGCUAUAGACGACGAGGUUACCUUGCACGUGCUAUAGACGACGAGGUUACCUUGCACGUGCUAUAGACGACGAGGUUACCUUGCACGCGAUAAUCCACUGCUGCUUGAGGGCUUUCCCACGCCCGUGCGUGUUGUGGUAGGCUAUUUGACCAUACUUCACCACGCUGGUCAGUGCUGGUUAGCCAAAUGCGGGGAUCGUACGGACAGCUGGGAGUCAUAGAAGUACUGUACAGCAAUGGGUGCCCACCGCUUAACCCUGCCGCUGCCACCUAUAGCAACCUGGUAUGCAUUAUGACAUCACUACCACCAAAAAAUAUCCCCCGUAUAGCCUAAACAGAUUUCUGGGGCAAGUGCUGUUAUCGAGUAGCACGUAUGGAGCCCAGCACGGCACACGAGGCGAUGUGCCCACA